UUUUUUUUUUUUUUUUUUACUAUUCAUGGACCCUCCCCCUGGUCUCGUUUUGACUUGGUAGUUCCGUCUUCGUCAAUCCAGGACCAAGCAGCAAUAAAGAUGCUUAAUACCUGCGACAAGCUAUGAAUUUCGCCGACCCGACAAAACGACAAGACCGACAGCAACCCGACAUGGCCUCCCAACCCACUCAGGCCCAACUCAACCUGGCCGCUUUGGCAGGUUCACCAUCGCCGCGAACGAUGCGAAGCCUGCGCAAGAUCCAGUCCCAUCAACUUCUUUCAUCCUCUCAGCUCUCUCAACCCUCAAGCGCCCGUAGUUCCGCUGGACCUGAGGAGCUUUCUCAGCCAACUCAGCUGGAUUCGCCGUUACGCCUGCGCACGCAUCGUCGAGCUCGAUCGAAUAGCGAUGCCUCAACCCGCGAGCCUCCUGCCAUCGGAACCCAGCGACGAUCAGGAAGGAAAACUGGCUCGGGUUUUGGCAUCAAGAGAUCAGUCUUGGAGACAUUGUUACGAGAUGGACCACAGCAGGGAAAUGUCCGCGAGGGUCUACAAGAACUGAGAUACUUGAUUUUGUCCACGAGGGUAGAAGCGGAUGCUGACGGCAUGUCGUCGUAUCGAGUGUACCUAUGGCUGGCACUUCUGGAUAUACCCCCUGUCCCAACGGAUGAAUAUCUCUCUCUCAUCCACCGCGGCCGCUCACCAGCUUAUACAAAAAUCCGCAACGACACCUUCCGCACGCUAGCCACUGACCCUUUAUUCAAACGCCGUGUCACAGAAGCAAGCCUAAUCCGACUCCUCAACGCAGUAGCCUGGAAAAUUCAUGACGCAAAGAACAAAAACAAGGCCAGAAAACCUCGUUCGUCAACCUCCCGCCGACGGGAGAUGGAGCUUCUCAUCAAUACCCCCCCUAGCAUCGCAGAGGAAGAAUCAAGCCCGGAAGUGACAACAUCGAGCAACAGCCGCAGUAGCACCAUCACCAGCGACUCGGCGAUCUACGUACAAGGCAUGAACGUGCUCUGCGCCCCGUUCCUCUACGCCGCGCGCAGUGAGGUGGAGGCCUUCGCCUUGUUCCACUCGUUCAUCACCCGCGAAUGUCCGGGUUAUAUCCGCGGCGCGAUGGACGGGGUCCAUCGCGGUCUCCGUCUAGUGGACCGUUGUCUAGAGAUCGUCGAACCCAAGCUCGCCUCCUACCUCUUCUCAAAGGGUAUGCAGGCAGAACUCUACGCUUUCCCAUCCGUGUUAACCAUGUGCGCCUGUACACCACCUUUGCCUGAGGUCCUCCAUCUCUGGGACUUCCUAUUCGCAUACGGCCCACAUCUGAACAUCCUUUGUAUUGUUGCCCAACUUAUCCGAAUGAGAGAUACUAUCCUCGAAAGCCCAAGGUACGUCACGUCUCUUCCAACCAUAGCAACCAAAAGAAGCCAAAACAGAAAAACAAUAAAAAUAAAAAAUAAAUAAAAAUAGAAAAACCAAAACAAGAAACAAGAAACAAGAAAGCUGCACCCAAAAGUCCAGACCCAUCACACAUAUUGCCACCCAAAUCUAGCCCAUCUGACAUAUCACUCCAGUCCGAACAAGAUCCUCCGAUCCUUCCCACCUCUCGACGCCAAAGAAAUCAUCGCCUUAACUGUCCUGAUCGUCCGGAAGAUCCCCGAACCACUCUAUGCCGAACUGAUCGACCAUGCCAAAUAGAUUGAUUUCUUCUACCUAGGUGUGGCAUCAGCGAAGACCUUUCUUACGUGUAUUAUUUAUGAAUUUCCUAUUCGGUUUCGCCCUUUUUGGUCCAGAAGAGAAAGAAACAUUAAUAACCUGUUUCCGGGGCCGCGGCGAUGGUGUUUUUUUUUUCAUUUUUCUUUUUUUUCUUGUUUCUCUUUUCUUUUC